AUGGACUCGAAGCCUGGAACCGAAAUUCUAGUCCACAUCGCCGCACCAAGCACUGCCCACGAUGAUGCGCGCUAUCGCGCCCAAGUCGCUGCUAUCUUACAGUUCCAAUCUGCCUCGCGUCAACAAUUAAUCCACACUUCAUUGGACCUGGACUCAGAUCCAGAUCAAGCGGAUCCCCAUCCAGAUCAUCACGCGCAUCCCUUCUCCGCUGAUGCGCUGCAUCCGCAUCAUUCACUCCCAACGCCCCAACACGAGGUGCCCUCGCCAAUAUUGCGGGAGGCGCCCCGGCCCGAAGGAGAGAGAUUGCCUUCAGACCCUCACACCCGUUCGCAAACGGACCCGCAGCUGCGAGGGCAGAUCAUCGAGCAUCGAAUCUCCUCUAUCCCGGACUCCCUAGAAAGUCCCAUAAGCGUCAUUCCAGACUCCCAGCCAGAGAUCGGCCACGAGCUAGUCCGCGCUGCCUCAUAUCGCGCGACACUAUCGCCUGAGUUGCAGGAUGAUCGACGCCAUAAACGGCGUCGGACGGCGCUUUCCUCUCCUGAUCGCCAUGAUUCAAUUCACCGUGUUACUAUCUCCGACUCGUCUGCAUCGGUCCAGCCCGAGGCAGCACGCACGAUGAACCCCGUUCAUGGCCAGGAACCUACCAAGCCCAUCUCCAUUCCUAGCUCAAAUCCCGAGUUAGAGUUGGAAAUCAAUAAUUUACCUCCACCUCCUCCUGCUACCACUGCCACUCCUGCUACCACUGCCAGUCCUGCUCCUACUGCUCCUACUGCUCCUACCUCCAUCCCCAAUCUAAUCAACCUAACAACCCUCCCCCUCCAAAUCCACCCCCCAAAACCACCAAUCUCCACCUCAACCUUCACAACCCACAUAACCCCGACUCUAGCCAUGCUCGCCGAACGCCUAAAACCAGCACGCACCUACAAACCCUCCCACCAAUCCCGCACCCUCGACCCACUAGAGCGUGGGUACUGGCUCGUGCGCUUCGCCAUUGCCACACCAUCCCAUGACUUCCAUGAUCAUGACCGAGUAUCAGCCGGGGCCACCAGGCCAGGAUCUACCGAUCCUACCCCGAAUCAGCCAAAAGCAGAGGAAGAAAGUCACGUUUGGCCGGCCCAGCUGUUUGGCGCUUUCUGGUCUUUCCUGCAGGACUUCGUUGGUAAAGAUGGCCGGGCGGGAUGGGGUGUGUGGUGUAUUCUUGAGAAGGAGGAGGUACGUGAGACUGUUACACACCUUUCUCUCAAGGUUUAUGCGUGGGGUGAGAUUGCGAUGCAUAUGUAUCUCUUGCUCUUUUUGGCUAGUGAAAGGCGGAUUCGGGGGUUGGGGGUUCAGUGGAGGGAUGCGAGUGAAGAGGUUGUCAUACAGAUGCCGUAG